AUGUCUUCCAAGGUUCAAAAGAAAAACGACGCUAAGAUUGAGAAAGCUCUUGGAGCAAAAAAAGCCAUUGUCAAGGGUGCCAAUGUUACUCAUAAAAAAAAAGUCAGAACAUCAGUUCACUUUUUCAGACCAAAAACAUUAGUACUCCCAAAGGCUCCAAAAUACCCAAGAAAGGUUGUUUCAAAGGUUCCAAAAAUGGAUGGAUACUCAGUCAUCAAAUAUCCAUUGACUACUGAAUCAGCCAUGAAGAAAAUUGAAGAAAACAAUACUAUUGUAUUUGUUGUCGAUUUAAAGGCUAACAAGAACCAUAUUAAGUCUGCUGUAAAGAAGCAAUACAACAUCAAAGCUAUUAAGGUUAACACUCUUAUCACCCCAAAAAUGACUAAAAAAGCUUUCGUUAAGUUGUCAGCUGAAUACGAUGCUCUUGAUGUUGCUAACAAGGUUGGAAUUGUUUAA